GCGCACUAACCCUCCCACAGGACCAGGGCUACCGGCUAACACUGAAACCCCGCGGACAGCGGGCUGGAGGGAGUUCACCGCUGAAGCCGCGCGUUUAUGAAGUUAUUGGAAGCUGUAUAAAGCUGGUAAAUAAUAUGAGGGGUGAAGCAGGGUGUUGGAGAGUAAUUGUGCCGCAGGUGGACUGACUGUUUCUCAGCGACGCUUUGCGGAAGUGGAGAGUUUCAGUCGCAGCCGCGCUGUGUGAGUGUGUGUGUGUUUACUGCGAGACCAGCCCGGAUGUUUGGUACCACAGACCUUAGCUGGGUGUUCUGGCUUUUGGAAGGAUAAGAAGAAGUCUAUGGUUUGGUACAGUGAUGAAGAUCCAUGGAAAAAUCCUGAAUCACUACCUCACCUGUAGUGCACCUGUGGUUAAAGAGGGAUAUUUGUACAAAAAGGGUGAAGUGAACACAUCCUACCAGAAGCGCUGGGUCACCCUCAAAGGGAACCUGCUGUUUUACCAGGACCGGCCGAGGGACCGGGAGGUGUUGGGGGUCAUCGUGUUGGAGGGCUGCUCUGUACAGCUCUGCGAGUCGGACGAGCAGUUUGCAUUCUCACUGGUGUUCAGCGAGGCCGGCCUCCGCACAUACAAGUUCUCUGCAGAGAACCAGACCAGCCAGGAGCUCUGGGUAAAGGCCAUCCACUCUGCUCACCACAACUUCCUGUCUAUCCUCCUGAAGGACCUGCGGCAGCAGUAUCUGGAAGCAGCCAAAGCGGUGGGGGUGGAGCCGGUGGACUGUUCACGUCUGACUAAGGAGACCAUGGCCCAUUCUCAGAAGCUCUAUCUAGGGUCUGUGUUUUAUGCUGAAGCGGACAUGAAAGGACUAGGAGGUCCUGGAAACAACCAGCUGCUUCAAGUCCCGCCCACCGCUGCUAAACAUGCUGGCAAACGCUCUCCUAAACUCUGGCCCAAACGACAAGCCCACGUCACACCAGUCAGCGGCCCAGCUCCACCCCUCGGGGAGUGGUCGGAGCCCACGGAGGACUUUAGCACAAUGCACGAGGAGUUUGGAAAGGAGGUGAGGCGACUGGUGGCCGAGUGGCGGAGAAGAGGGAAGGAAGUGAGGGCUGUGCCGGAGGGGGAUCUGAUUGAUUUAGGCUAGAUUUUCCUCACUUUCUCCCAAAUUAUAUUUAAUUGUCUGAAAUGUGCUUUUUUGGUCUUGCCCUCAAGAUGUGUGAAGCUGUUGCUUGCACAAGUUACGUUUUAAUUUUUAAUAAUUAAUUAUACGCACGUACACUUCCGGUCAAAAGUUUACCAACACCCCAAUUUUUUAGUUGUCCAGUUGCAGUGCUACAUACAGUAACCAAGACAAGCUUUUUUAUUUUAUCCUCUUCACAAAGACUUUUUUACUACACUUCAUCUGUCAGACCUCUCAUUCUUUUCUUCACUGCUGAAAUUAAGACUUAAUCCAAUCUUAAACUGAGCUUAAUGCUUUGCCAUGUGGGUCAGCUAGACCUCUUCCUGCAGCAGUUUUCUCCAGUUUCUAAAAGUCUUUUGAAGGUGUAGGAAACAGUACUCACCGCUCUCUGGCCUUAUCUGUAAUUUCUCUAAAGAAAAUAACUUCUACUUUUAAUAGAUACAGAGUUCUCUGUGUUUCUGUGUCUUUUUUUAGUUAUGGUGAUGAAGGUGUGAAUGUGCUGUGAGUAAGUGUGUUAAUGCUCCAGUAGAGAGUAGCAGCAGUAAUACCAUCAGUCCCAGCACUGCUUUACUACAGACAAAGGCUUCGUAAAUUCAAAUUUUUUAAAUUAAUUUCCAAAGCUCAGUUUAUUUCUAUUGCUACAGAUUCCUUAUUUCAGCCAGUUUACUUUUGUGCCAAUUAAGUUUACUGGAUUUUUACCAUUUCAGGUUAUUCACUGUACCUGAAGAGCUUACAUUGUAAAAAUAAAGUAGGGAAAUGGAGGUGUUCUAAAACGUUUGACCGAUAGUGUAAGUAAGGCUGUUAGAGAUAAAGUACCACAACAGCUUUUCAGAAGCCAGUGUGUGAUUGAGUUAAUUUAAUUAAUUUAAUUUAAAUGCAGUUUGUACAGUUCCAAAGAGACAGACAGUUGUUAGCCUCUUUAGCCAUGUAUAUCUAGUGCUACAAUAUAGAAGCAAACACUGAGUGAAGGUCUGUUUGUAUAUUUGUAACCAUUUUGUUCCGUUAAACAAACACUGUUAUAAAGCUAUAUGAAGCUGUUUUUGCCAGUCCUAAUUUAAUAAGGCCAAAACCUACAUUACCAGGGGUGUAACAGUACACAUGUCUGUUAAAUUCAGGGUUCAGUACUCACCACAGUACAGACAUCAAAAAACAAUAAAAGAGAUGCUGUCUGAUCCGUCCUAUCCCGUCCUUCAACACCCACCGUUUGUGUUUGUGGUGCAGCUCCGGUGGAUAGUGGGACCCACAGGACCCAAGAAUUCACAUAUAAUUGUGUGAUUAUAGCAAGAUAUAUAUUCUUUUUUAUGGUUCUUAUAAAAAGGAUGUGACGUGUCAUAGAUAAUCUUGUGAACUUUCACAAUUGGCAAUUUGUGUCAGCAGGAAGAAACAAUGCCUGAAAACCUGUUUACCGUUUACUGCUGUAAAUGAGACAUUGUUUUGCCAAUGCAGAAUAUAAUACUUCAACAGUUUCAGGUCUGUCAUUUUUCUUUUCAUCUGAAAAUAAUUUAAAUAUUGACUAAUUUUAGUUUUAUUUAAGAAAGAUAAAUGAAGCAGAGCUUUCUCUCAGUUGUCUAUUUAUUUACACUUCAAUUUUACUGUUUUACUUGUGACUGAGGACAUCAGAAAUGAAACUUAUGCAAACUGAUUAACUGAUUGAAAGGUAGGGAAUAUCUAUUACUCUAUAAAUGAAAUCCCCAAGUGUUCCCAGACCUUUACUGGAUGCUCUAGACUUUAGGUUUUGUCUAUCAUAAAUGCUGGAACUAAAGGUAAAUGUCCAUUUGAACGGCAUUUAAUUUGUAAAUAUUUAGUGUGCCGUGUAUUUUUUAAUGCAAUAAUUAUAUUCAGAUGUAAUAUUUAUUAUCUCUGUUAAAGAAUGCAAGUGUAGCAAAUGGGCAAUGUAGAAUUAUUAUUUCUUGCUUUUAAUAAAAUAUUGUAUACUUGUU